CCGGCGGCCGCUCCGCCGCCGUGGCCCGACUCCGGCUGCCCGACUGUCUCGGCACGCAGCCAAUCAGCGCCUAUCGCGUGUUCGAGGUCGAGCUGGAGGACGCCGUGCAGAGCGGACAGGCGCUGGUGUCGAUGCUGGAGUGGCUGUUCGACAACCGUCCGGCUGUCCCUUCGCUUCAAAGUGGGGUCGUCCGACACGUGGUCGAGGACUUCAUCGCUGAACAGGUCACCAAGCGAAUGUACGACAACCUUCACAUGAGGAGGAACAAAAAGCGCGUCGAGCAGCCGCCAGCUGCCCUGAUCGCGCUGUUUAACGCGGCGGUGCACCACCUGGCGACGGUGAUGAGCAGCCACUCGCUGCCGGAGCUAUCAUGGCCGCCGGCGGAGCUGGCCGACACCCCGGCCGGCGGCCGCCUGCGCCUGCCGACUGGAACCGGCCUGCCCCGGCUGACGCUGCCCUGCCUGGUGCUGGACGAAGACGCUGACUGGGCGGCCAGCUGCGCCGAGGUGCUGCACUACGUGGGCGGCGUGUGUGAGCCCGGCCAGGACUGCACGCCGCUCCUGUACAGGGUGCAGAGUCUGCUGCAGGAGCGGCUGCGGGAGCUGGAGGAGGCCGCCUGGCCGCUGCACGAGGACAUCGCGUCUCGGCCGCUGGCGGCCAGUCUGCCCUGGACCGACAUCAUCCAGUGCUGCAUCGAGCUGCGCACAGCCUUGCUGACGGGCUCGGAGAAGGCCUACUUCCUGCCGGACGAGAUGGCCCACUUCCGCGUGCCGGACGCCUGGGCCGAGGCCACGUCGGCCGGACAGACGCAAGUGUCUCUGUCGUUGGAUGCGUCCAUUGGGAUCGCGAAGAGGCCGCUCGAAGAGUUUUUGAAUGACUCGGUCAGCAAGCGACGACCGGAGAAGUCCAACUCGCCACGUCCCUCGCUAGAUGUCAGCACUGAUAUCAAAACGGAAAUGGACAUGUCCUUGGGCUGGGAGGAACGACUUAGGGAGCUUGUGGACCAAGGGUCACGCUGCUCAGGCGGCCUGCCGCCGGUACCCGUGUCGUCGCGUCGGCCGGCUCGGCCGCCGCUGGCCACCUCCCGCCUGCGCCCCACUCCGCCGCUGGCCACCUCCCGCCUGCGCGCCUCUCCGCCGCUGGCCACCUCCCGCCUGCGCGCCUCUCCGCCGCUGGCCACCUCCCGCCUGCGCGCCUCUCCGCCGCUGGCCACCACCCGCCUGCGUUCCUCUCCGCCGGCGAUCGGCCUCGUCCCAGCACUGGUGCCGGGGCCGGAGCUGCCGCUGACGUUCCCCGGCGGCUGCCUGGCGUCUGCAGCGCCGAGCUUCAUGAACGUGCCCAAUCAAGGGCACCACAACGCCAUGAAGAGCGCCAUGAUCGCUGCGGAGAGCGUGUUCGACGCCAUCCAGGCGGGCGACACGGAGACCGAAGUGAGCCGACGGCGCCGCCGUGUGAACCCGGUCAGUUACGAAGAGCGAAUCCGCAGUUCACGGGUCUGGCAGGAGCUGGUGUCGGUCCGCAACGUCAGGCCCUCGUUCCACUCACCGCUCGGCCUGUACGGCGGCCUGGCGUACACUGGACUCUUCUACGUCCUCGGCCGCGGCAAGGAACCGUGGACGCUCAAACACCCCGGCGCCGACUACGCCUUGCUGAAGCCGGCGCAGGAGUGCCAGCAGAUCGAGUACCCGAAGCCGGACGGCAAGCUCAGCUUCGAUCUGCUCGGCUCGGUGGCUCUGACAGGCACCAACCACGAGGGUGACCAGCCGCCGCACCUGACGCUGCGAGACGACGCGGUGCCGGUGAAGCAGAACCUGAGCGUGUUCGACGGCCCCGAGGGCCGCUUCUGCCCGGCAGGCGUGUACGAGUACGUGCCGACCGAGGACGAGCAGGGCCAGCGGCUCCAGAUCAACGCCCAGAACUGCAUCCACUGCAAGACGUGCGACAUCAAAGACCCCAGCCAGAACAUCAACUGGGUGACGCCCGAGGGCGGCGGCGGCCCCUCCUACAACGGCAUGUGAGCGGCCGUGGCCGCCGGCAGUGCGCGAGGAUAGGGCGCGGCUCGGCGCCACCCCUCCAUGGCUGGUCUCAAGACGUCCUCGUGUGACGAGGUCGACGGCAGCACCACCGGUCGGGGGCUGUUCGUCUGCGUGAGGAGCAGAGAGCCACCGAGAUUUGCGCGUGGGUGCGCCCGCAACAGUUCAAAACGGCCCGAGUAUCGCUCACCGUGGGCUGCGUUGUUUACAAGGGCCUGGUAAUGGGGGGACCGAUACGACCAGUUGUUGCAGAUGAGUAACGUCUCCUGAAGAUACGAUUUCAUUUGCUUUCCAAUCCAGUAUUGGCUUCCAGAGCGCAGGACCUCAGUUCAGUCAAACGAUUCUCGUCACUCUGCCAGUCGUAGCGGCCCCAGUCCAUAAGUGAUAGAGACACGUCC